CAGCCCCCAUAGAGAAGGGCCACACCAGCCCCCAUAGAGAAGGGCCACACCAUAGAGAAGGGCCACACCAGCCCCCAUAGAGAAGGGCCACACCAUAAAGAAGGGCCACACCAGCCCCCAUAGAGAAGGGCCACACUAGCCCCCAUAGAGAAGGGCCACACCAGCCCCCAUAGAGAAGGGCCACACUAGCCCCCAUAGAGAAGGGCCACACCAGCCCCCAUAGAGAAGGGCCACACCAGCCCCCAUAGAGAAGGGCCACACCAGCCCCCAUAGAGAUGAUUGAUUUGAUGGUUGAACGUAGAAAGUGAACCGUCCAGAAGUUCCGGAAGAAAGUGAACAAUGGAGGAAGGUAACAAUGUAUCUGUAUGUGUAUAGAUAUCACGGCAUGUAUGAGGACUGCGGAGGCAUUUGUGUGACACCGUCACCCCCCCGGGGGCACUCUAAUUACACCCUGGCACUGCGAGGAGGAAUGCGGUUGCCAUGGGUCUGAUCUCCCCGGUGAGCGAGGCUCAGAGCGCCGUGUGAUGGAAAGAACUUGUAGAGAGCAAUCCAGCAAACAAAGGUGCCGGAACCUCACCGACCUGUGAAGAGCCACAGCGGGCGCCGGGCCAGACCACUGCAACUCUGACAGGAAUUUAUGGAAGGACACAAUAAAAGGAAGAACUCCGCUGGCGAUGACAGGAAGUCCCACACCCUCCAGAAUGACCCACAAUGAUUAUACUGCAGCCAAGUUUCGGGCCCCCAUUGCUGUGUACUGCGGCAGCGUUCCCAAGAUGAAACCCGGAGGAGGAUUCGCGUCUCUACGCAACGGGGAUUCCAACCUGCAGCUGUACGGAAACCGCUGGGCUGGAGCUGACCCAGCUGCUCUCCAGCCCUCCCUGAGCCUCCAGAUGAAGAGGUCCUACCUGUGGGGUGGAGACGACCUUCAGACGGACAUUCUGCCCCCACCGCUGGACUUGGAGGGUAAAAGUGACCCCCUUUUUAGGAACCAGAGGCGCGAGGAGGUGGACAGCGCCGCCCUGGAGACGGCCCGGCUGAAAGACAAACUGAAACGGAAGAUGUCUGAGAGCUCCAGUGCCAGAGGAGCGCCGACUGAGUUCAUGAACUCGGUGAACUCGCCUCUCAGACCCGCCGUUCCCAGGAGCGCCUCCCAGAGGUUGAUGACGGUCACUAAGCCUGUGCCUCCCAUCCAGAGGAGUCCCACACCCCGCCUGGGGACCCCGGAGGAGGACGGCGUGCCGAGGAACCCCCCGGAGGAUGGAGGGGAGCGCGUGGGAGGACAGACGGAGAAAACGCCGGCGAUUACAGAGAACCUUCGCUCCGGCGCAGAGAAGAAGCGGAAAUCUCUUGGCGGGAUCGUCAUUCCGCCAAUCUCCAAAUCCUCCAACUUUCCAGCAGAUCAGAUUGGCAACGACGGCGCCACCCGGCAUACCGGAGACUCGCCCAGGAGCGCCGCGGCCGCACACAGGAGCUUCGCCUCGGAGCCGGAAAAUGACAAGAUAUCCGGAGCGGAUCAGGCGGAGAGCCGUCAUAUAACUUCCGUGGAAAGUGAUUUGGAUCCAAUUCCAUCCAAUCCCGUCUUCCCGACUCCACCCCCCGAUGGCGGAGAAUUGAAGGACGACGAGGGGAAGGAAAACUAUUCGCGGGUCAGUGUCUCCAUCUCCAAGUCUGCCCAGGAUAAGAUGAGACAGAGACAGCAAGAGAUGGAGACCAUCCGGAGCCAGAGGAGGCGGAGCCAGCAGCAAUUGUGGGAGCGGCUUCAAGGAGUGGAGACCGGGGGAGAAUCCGUGUCGGUGACCUCCUUCACCCUGAGCAACACCGUGCCCAUCAGUGCGGAGAAGAGAAGAGGAGGGGCCAACGUGGCCAACAACAUAUGGGUCAGCCGACCGUCCUUGCCCAGCAUCCCGACCAUCCCCCCGGAACCUUCCGUCAGCGACUUCCGCCAUUCUUCCGCGUUCUCCCUGCCGGCCUCCCUAUUGGAUCUCUCGGAGGGGGAUGUGGACUCUGAGAACUCCGCCCCCAUGUCCCACCCAGAACAAGGCCUGAUAGAGGCUCUGAGGGGGCUGAACCACAAGGACUGGGAGCAGAAGGAGAAGGGGCUCCUGAGCGUGCGCUGCCUGGCCUCCUGGCACCCCGAGGUUCUCUGCUCCAGGAUCCACGAUGUCUGUAUGGCUGUGACCAGAGAGGUCAGCAAUCUGCGCUCCAAGGUCUCCCGUCACGCCAUCAAGACGAUCAGCGAUCUGUUCCGAUCUCUCCGCAGAAACGUGGACCAGGAGGCGGAGGAAAUCACCCGGGUUAUGCUCCACAAGAUCGGCGACUCCAACGAUUUCAUCCGGGACGAGGCCGACAAAUCUCUGGGGAUGAUGGUGGAGAACGUGACCCCCUCCAGGGCGAUGUGCGCGCUGAUCGCCGGAGGAGGCAGUCACCGGAACAGCGCGGUGAGGAAAUGUACGGCCAAACAUCUGCUCAGGGUGGUGGAGCUCCUGGGGGCAGAGAAACUUCUGUGUGGAUCCAGAGAAAGUACAGACUCCUUCCUCCGCACCCUCGUCAGACUGGUCCAGGAUGGACAGCAGGACACCAGGUUUUACGGACGUCGGAUGUUCAGUCUGGUCAUGGCUCAUCCCAAGUUCGAGGUGCAGAUGGAACGUUUGAUCCCGUCACACGAGCUCCGCGACCUCAUCGCCACCGUGAAGCAGAAAGAGCUGCGUGACAGCAUCUCAGAGAUCCCGUCCGCUAGAAGCCAGCGUCCUCCUCAGAAGAAUAGCGCUGUGGUGAGGGCCCAGGAUGCCCAGCAACCAGAGGAGAGCAUCACCAGACCUGCAGAAGCGCAGGAACCAGAAGCGCAGGAAUCCCCGGUCCCUCGGAAGACGCCGGUCCGGGCAGCGGAAGUGACGGAGCAACUGAAGGAGCUCAGCAAACUUCUCUCCGCCAAGGAAUAUCAAAGCAAAAUGGACGGCGUGACGCUUCUCCUGGAGCACUGCAAGAACAACGCCAAGUUUGUCGCCUCCAACAUCACGCCGAUCUUUGAUGCCUUCAACCCGCGGAUGCAGGACGCCAACAAGAAGGUGAAUCAGCACGCUCUGGAGUCUGCGGCGGCCAUGAUCCCGAUCCUGAAGGACAGUCUGCACCACGUGUUGGUCCCUAUGGUGACCGUCAUCACAGACAACCUGAACUCCAAGCACGCCGGUAUCUACACCGCCGCAGUGACCGUCCUGGACACACUCAUGAAGAAUAUAGACAAUCUGUGGCUUCUGCAACCAUUCGCCAGCCGCAUCCGGUUCCUCAGCGGCCGCGCCAUGAGUGACGUCACCGAGCGAUUGUCAGGUCUUGUCUCUUCUGUGUACCCCCGGAAGCCGCAGGCCGUGGAACGCCACGUUUUGCCCGUUUUGUGGUUCUUCCUGAGUAACAUCACCGGGAACGGAGUGCUGCCCGGCCGGAACGGCAACUUCAAGGACGUCGUCACCAAACUGACCAAAAACUUACACCAAGUGAUGGGGCGGAGCCUGGAGGAGUACGCCUCGGGACAGUCCCAACACGCCGCCAAAAUGCUGGCCGACAUUCUGGGCACCAAUAAAUAAAUGCCGAUCCACGUGGCCCGGCGCUUGGCCUGGCACUUACACCGGAGGAGAAGCGUUGGGGCACUGUGAUGUCAUCGGGGGCGGAGCCUGGAGGAGUACGCCUCAGGACAGUCCCAACACGCCGCCAAAAUGCUGGCCGAAAUUCUGGGCACCAAUAAAUAAAUGCCGAUCCCGAUCCACGUGGCCCAGCGCUUGGCCUGGCACUUACACCGGAGGAGAAGCGUUGGGGCACUGUGAUGUCAUCGGGGGCGGAGCCUGGAGGAGUACGCCUCGGGACAGUCCCAACACGCCGCCAAAAUGCUGGCCGAAAUUCUGGGCACCAAUAAAUAAAUGCCGAUCCCGAUCCACGUGGCCCGGCGCUUGGCCUGGCACUUUCACCGGAGGAGAAGCGUUGGGGCACUGUGAUGUCAUCAGGGGCGGAGCCUGUGUAAUUUAGUGUAAAUUCUGUAUUUAAGAUUAAAAACUCUUCUAAUAGAA